AUGGGGAAUAAUCUUUGUCAUUAAACAGGGGAGAGAUCAUCUCAAUUUCCUUAACAGCUACUUAAAUAGGAUAUGGGGAACUGUGAAAUUGUGUUGACAGCAGGUCAUGUAGAGAAUGAGGAUGUAGAAUGCUUGGUAAUUCCAACUGAUUCCGAAUACUCGAAUAUUAAGCAGAGUGAUAAGCCAUCCUUCACAUAAUUAAAUGGGAAAUGCGUGUUUGUGGCAGCUAGGAAGAGUAUCAUUAAAUAUCUAGGAUUUAAGAAUAGAAAAAUUAGAUUUUGGCUGUUGUUAUUGAUAAGGAGAUUGUAUUGAAUAGUGACAAAAGUGAUGAUGAAAAAUAAACCAUAUAUGGAGCAGUUUAGGAGGCGUUAAAAAUAGUAUUUGAUAAUUCCUAACGAUUCUUAAGGCAGAGCAAAAGUAAAUGAAAUCUAUUGGGUUUCCAGUGUUUGAAUCGAAAGAUAAUACCACAUCAGCAACUAUUAUGUUGAUGGCCAUUAAGCUAAGUGUGACAGAGUAAAAAAUUAAGUCAUUAAAAAGAAUAGUAAUUACAUUAGAUGUAUAAAUAAAUACUAUAAAUAAAACAAGCAUAUUGAAUAGGUGAGUAGUUUUAAAUGGGUGUUUUAAUAAGUAUUUCGAGGAAACCAGCAAAUGGCAAAUUCAAGAACAUACUCAAAUUCAAUUAUGGAUCAAAUGGAAUCAAUAUCAAUUGAUGUCGUUAAACCCAAGCAAAUCAGUACUACUAAGGAGGUAAAACCGUGAGAGAACAGCAUAAUUCAUAAGUAAC